AUGGAACCCUUCGUAAAUAUAUUUUUCGCUAUAGAUGAACAACAAAAUGAAACGAUUACAAGAGAUGAAUUAAAGCGUUAUGUGAAACAGCAUCGUUUAGAUGAAGGCAUGAUAUCGAGAUGGCAAACUCUAUUCGAUCCUGGAAACACUGGUAUAAUAACUUUUCAAAAAUUCUGUGAUGUACUUGGCGUAAAACCUGAACAGGCACGUAACCUACGCAAGAGUGUAGUCAAUAAGAAACCACUCCCACCGGAUUUACAAAUCAUUUCACAAAAUAUGCCACUUGAAGAUCAAUACCAGAUAUUUGAUCAAGUUCGACAAAUGCUGGACAGUAAAAUGUCAGAACAAGAUUUAUCCAGGGGAUUAAAACAAUGGCUUGAUAAAACAUUUGAUCCUUCAUGGCAUGUUGUCAUUGUCGAUGGAUCCUAUUGGAUUUCAUAUUCACAUCAGCCGGAGCAUUCAUUGCAAUUUAAACUAGGUCAAAAGUGUUAUUUAUUAUGGAAAACACCAAAAUACUGA